AUGGGGAGCGAAAUGGGGAGCGGAAGAGUUUCCGCUCAUGCCCUCCCUGCGGGAGGUCAGGGCGCAAACGAGCUCAGGGCGCAAGAGAGGUCGGCGCGCGGAAUGGGGGGAAAGCCGCGGGGCGGCAAGGGGGCGACGGGUGGAGGGGAAUCCGCUUCAGCAGCGGCGGCGGCGGCGCAUGGGGGGAGCGGGGGGGAGAAGGCUAGGAUGGCGGACGGUGCCGGGCAGAAAGGGCGCGGUGGGGGAGGCGCAGGGGAGAAGGGUCGAGGGCGGGAAGGAUCGGGGGUAAUGGGGCGGACGGCGGAGGCUGCGGAGGCGGCGGAAGUGGCGGUGUCGCUGGGGGUGACGGGGCACGCGGGGCACCUCGAGAUCAUCCCCGUCCUUCCUGCUCGUGCGCGCCUCCAACUUCCGCUCCCCAUUUCGCUCCCCAUCUGCUCCGUGGCAUGCUACCUUUCCAUAGCGCCCCGCGGCGCUAAAGACCUCCCUUCCCUGCGUCACCUCUUGCCCGCACGGCCACUCCGCACCGAACCCCCUUCUCCAUUACCUUCAACUCUGCAUUAUCCCGCCAGCACUCACGGCCAGUCGUUUCAUCUCCCCUGCACCUCUUGCUUCAUUCAGUCCCUUUUGAAGCAGGAGCAGCCAACCAAUCAACCCAUUCCUCCUCCACCCUCCUUCCACGUUCGUCUCAAUCCUUCUCUCCCAACCUCUUUCCCGACCCUGCAGCCCAAGCCUCCCUUCUCCGAGCCUCUGGACGUUCGGGAUCUUCCAGAGCUGUGCCCUCUGGCCGUGUGGGAUGACGUGGAGCGCCAGCUGGCGUCGGAGCCGCAGGAAGACGCCAUGUGGAAGUACGACUGGAUGCCACAUGGCGCCCUGUCCGCCGUGAUACCUGGAGGGCUGGGCAGCGUGCUGCAGCCAGCGUGGCACCCUCCCUGGGUGGAGGAGUGGGGGGACGGCCCGUGGGGGGAGGUUGAGGGGGAGGGGAAGGGGAUACAGGAAGGGGAGGGCGAGGGUGGGGAGGAGGAAGGGGUGGUGAGUCGACCAGAGCAGGUGGACGAGCUGUUCUUCCCUGCGGGCUCAUAUCUCGAUCUCACCCGCCCGCCCCCCUCUGCUCUAGAGCUCCUGUUCUUCCCCCCGGGCACGUAUCUUGACCUCACCCGUCCGCCCCCUUCCUCCCUGGAGCUCGUCCGCGGCACCACUGCCGGUGCCGCCCACCCCCUCGCCCUCUCCUCGCACCUGGCCCCCCACGCUGCCACUGCUGCUGCGGGUGAUGAUGCAGGGGGGUUGCAGCAUGGGGAGGGGCAGGCGAGUGGGGGGAGAGGGGAGUCAGAAGAAGCGCUAGCGGCACUGUUCGCAUACUUGGAGGGAGGGGCGGAAGGGGGUGGGGGAGGGGUUGGGGGAGGGGGAGGGGCAGGAGAGGCGAGGGGCGUUGGGGAUGCGUCGCUGCUGUUGAGUGUGCCGCCCGGGUUCACUGAGGGCGGACGAUUCGAGGCCAGGGAGGAGGUGAGAGUCAUGGAGGGACAUGCUGCCGCUCUCUCUGCUGCGUGCGCUGGCAACCCCCCCAAAGGAGGUUUCAGAGGUGCCUCCCAAGGAGGGCCAGGGGACAUGCUGCCGCUCACUCUGCUGCGUGCGCUGGCAACCCCUCAAAAGGAGGUAUCAGAGGUGCUUUCCAAAGAGGUGCAGGGUGCGGGCUCUGGAGGGGCAGCAGGGAGUGGCGCUGCUGGUGUGGAUGGGGUAGAGGAGGGCGGCGAGAGAGGGCGCGAGGUGGGGGUGGAGGGAGGGGAUGGGGAGGACGAUGGGGGGGGAGAGGGGGAGAGCGGGAAGCUUGGGUUCGCAGAUGUGUUCCAAACGGCGUGGGGUGCUGGGGGGGAUGACGAGGAGGAGGACGAGGAGGAAGAGGAGGAGGAGGGAGAGGAGGAGGGAGAGGAAGAGGGAGAAGGGGAGGAAGGGAAAGAGGAUGUGGGAGGAGGAAUGGGCUCGCCACCUCACGACUGUCACCCCAAGGAGAGCGCAGUGGGAGGAAGGGCGGGGCGGCAGGGCAGCAGCAGUGGAUGCACUGCACUGCUGGGGGCGGUCCUGCCCCCCACCGCACGGCCGUCAGCACAAGGCAAGCGCAGUGAGAGGAAGAGCGGGGCGGCAGCAGCGGUGGAUGCACUGCUGGGGGCGGGCCAGUUUCUCUCUGCCCCAUUGCGUCCGUCCAUUCUCCCAUUCCCCUCCUCGUACCUUCCCUUGCAUACAGCUGUGGCCAGGCCGUCAGCACAAGGCAAGUGCAGUGAGAGGAAGAGUGGGGCAGCAGCUGCGGUGGAUGCGCUGCUGGGGGCGGGCAGAGGGGCGUUUGGCAGCCUCGAGUGGUGGACUGCUGGCUCGGGCCUGGGCCUGCUGGGUGCUGCGCCUUCUGCCUCCCGCCCUGCUGCUUCAAAGCAGGUGAGUGUAAGUGAAAGAAACUAG